AUGCGUGGGGCUAUUGCACCUUGUUAUGCCCAAGCUGCAGCAACGCUGGAGGCAAUCAAACCGCACAGGGCCGAAAGUGGAUAUGUCCCAUAUUUCCCACGGCCAUAUCAUGUUAGCGUACGCCGUUGUGAAGCGACGGAGAACGGAGAGCCAAUCCCUCGUCUGUCACAAUGGGAACAGUUCGCAAGGGAGUCCUUAGAGGCGCCGGAAGAAACUGUCAAGAAGGACGAUAGCAGCUGA